AUGGCUCGCAAGAGGCGGACUGAAGGAGAGGCGGCUGCUGCUGCUGCUGGCGGCGCCGCUCCUGUUGCUAACAGGGGAGGGCAACAGCCUGGGGACAGUGCCUCUAAACCCAGUGACGCAGCCUCAAGCAGCAACUCUAAAGGAGGCCCUGCUCAUGGGCAGGGCCGCCACAGCAGGCAGGGAGGGGAGGCCGCGUCUCGCCAGGGCGUCGCGGUGUCCUCGACUGCAGCAGCAGAGGCUGACGGUAAUGCUUCAAUUCCCGGAGCAUCUCUAAAGACUGGAGGGCCCGCAGCAAAGGACGUUUUAAAGGAGGCAGAAUCUGCUGCUGGAAAUCAGGACAGCUCUCCUGGGUCUGCGCUGCUGCAGCGCCGUGAUAUCGAUAUGACUGGCAUGACAGCCAGCCAGAAGAAAAACCUCAAGAAGAAGCUGCGCAAACAGGAGCAAAGACAGCAAGCAGCAGAGCUGAACGAUGCUAUGCGCGUGGGGGCGGGAGCAGCCACCUUGGCGUCUCGCCUUAACAAAAUGAUUGAGGAGUGGACGGGGAGAUUGACGGAGUUAGAGAAUAGCAUCGGGCAGGGAGGCAACAUGCGGCAGACUAUUGAAGCAGCGGAGCAGCUACAGAAGGAAAUACUUGAGGCGCAGGAUGAGGAGAUGAGCCGCGCAAAGAAACCCAUCAACAAACGCGCCACAGUUCAGCAGGUGCAGGAGAAGAUAAAGGAAGCAGAGCUGACGAUUCAGAAGCAGCAGAAGGAACAGCAGAGGCUGAGUGCUCAACAAGGCAAGGGGGGCGCCGAGGAUAGGAGCGCUGAGGCUGCUGCCCAGGAGGCACGCCUUGAGGAGUCUCUGCGGUAUCUCGCUCACCUCAAGGAGCAGUUGGUGCUGACGCAGCAGCAGAGCGACUUGCGUACGUUUCAGCAGCAAGUGUCUGAACUGAAGAUAUCCCUGGAUCACACAAUAAAGCAAGCUCGUAAGGCUGCACAGCAGGCGGCUACCGCCACAGACAACCGCAGAGUGCAGCAGCGGGAAGGGCUUCUGCGGCGUCGGCUUAAGGAGGUUGGAGCAGCAGUCCCUGAAGAAGGGGGAGCUUCUCUGAUAACGGUUACUGUCUCUCUUCCUCCGGAGUCAAAUUAUAUAUUGCUUACUCCCCAAGGCCAGCCGUCCUUGCUGCUGCGCAAGAUAGAGCGCAAGUUCGGGGUGCUGGCGGAGAAGAAGGGCGCGGGAGACCGCGGCGUUACUCUUAGCAUCAUCUCGUAUAACCAAGGUGCAUGCGACAAGUGUGUGGCUUUCCUAAACGCAUGCAACUUCCCUCAAGUACCCCUGGGGCUCAGCACCUCCCCUAACUGCGUCUCUCUAGAGGGACAGAGCAUUGGCGCCUUCAUAGGCAGCGGCGGCGCCAACCUCCGCCGCUUAGAGGCUGAGCUCGACGUUCUCCUCUGGGUAGAAGACAAGUGGAUCACCGUCUUGGGCCAUGAGGCGGCCGAGUCUCGAUCUCCCCCAUCGGCAAGCGACUCCUCUCAGCCUCAGCACAAGUGCGAGUUUGAGGCAGAGGUUGUUCGUGCGAUGGCCCAGGGGACCUCUAAGACGCGGGCGAAGGUUCAGGAGGUGGAGAGUGCUUUGGGUGUUACAGUUCUUGUGAGGCUUCCUCGGCGCGGCGACACGAGCAAGACGGCUGCAGUUGUGGUGAAGGGCUCAGACCCUGAAGCCUGCAAGAAGGCUUGUGCAGAUCUGGAGAAGGCAUUUAAAGAUUUCAGCUCCCAGGCUGUUGAAUGCGACAGAGCUAAGGCCAGCAGGAUUCUUCGUGGGGCAGCGGUGGACUUCUCCCACAUUGAUGGCCAUGAGCUGAUCUCGAUUCUUCGGUAUGAUGAUGGGGUGCUGCUGGUGGGGCCGUCGAAGGCGCUGCCUGCUGCUGUAGAGGCAUUGCGUGCAGCUAUGGAUCAGCUGGCGCGUGCGACGGAGACGAUGGAGAUAAAAGCAACGCAGCUACGCAUUGUGGACCGCGCGAAGCGGGCUGAAAUAGAAAGCCUCAGCGGGGCGUCUUGCAGGCCACCCAUCCACGACGGUGAGAGGGUUACGCUGACCUUCACGGGGCAUCCAGAUGCUGUGCAGAAGGCCCUCGAGUUGGUGAGAGAAACACUGGAGAAGCAGAAGGAAGAGGAAAUGGAGCUGUCUCUUGCUGCUGCUCUUCUCUUUCUUGUGGACAAGACCCAUCGCGAGCUGGAAGACGAACUCGGCUUGCGCAUUCGCGUAGAUGUCCCGAGAAAGGUGCUUAUUGUGCGGGGCUUGACGGAUGGCCACGACGCCGUUCAAGAUGCCAUUAAGAGGGUUGAAGAACAAGUCGCUAGUAGUGGCAAGGUGGCUACGACUGUGGCGGUUCCCCGCGAGGCGGUGCCUCUGAUUCUGGGCCGCCAGGGAACAAACGUUCGUCGUCUGCAAAGCGAGUGCGACUUGGACAACAUCGUCAUAGAAGGCCGCCCGCAGGCGGUGUAUCUCUUGGGUUCUCAAGCAGCAGUGGAUCAAGCCACGGCAAUGCUGCAGGAGAUCGUUGCCAACAGCAGCGGCACACGGGCACAGAAUGGGCUCGACGGAGGCGAUAGACGCCCCAGACUAGGCGGCAGAGGACCAGGCCGCGGCGAUCGGAAUGAUGCAGGAGGUCGAGAAGAUGGAGCAGCUUCUAGGCGGCGGGGCGCUGGCGGCAAGCCAGCAGCUCCCCCUAAACCGUACAACGCUAGUGUAGACGAUGAAACAGCGUUCCCCUCUCUAGGUGUUUGCAUGGCGCGUCCGGGCGGUCGCUGGCAGAAGAAGUCGCCAGGCCCCGAAAAUGCAGCAGCAGAGGCGCCUGCGAAGGCUAGCAGUGAAGCCGUAGCAGCGGAAACAGAGGAAGAGUCCGUCGGGGUUGAGGAUAGUGCGAAUUAA